AUGCCUUCGCUCGUCGCUUCCCUCCUCGCCGCCGGUCUGGCGACCUUGGCCCAGGCAUAUACCGCGCCUGGUGCACAGACAUGGGGCCCUCUGCUCACCCCAGAUUUGUCAAAUCCCGUUACUCAAGGCGAAGACUUCACUGUGACCUGGGACCCUGAGAACCACCCAACAGACGGCGUCACGGUGAGCCUUGUGCUCUGCCAGGGACCCAGCACCAACUGCGUGCCCCAAGACACUGCCAUUGCAUCAGGCAUUCCCGCUGCUCAGAAGUCCUUCGACUGGAAAGUCCCCUGCGACUUGGCUCCAGGCACCAAAAACACCGAUACCGGCUAUGGAAUGCUGAUCAUUGUCGACGGCACUGGAGAGUUCCAAUACUCGACCCAGUUCUCCUGCCUCAAGAGCGACAGCUGCUCCAGCUCCGGCUCAUCAUCUGCCGCUCUUUCCUCCGUCAGCGGCACCAGCACCGUUAGUGGUGGCUCCAUCAUCCUGGGCCCCCCGGCAUACCAGACCGGCACCAACACGUAUGGUUCGUCGGGCAACUCGACCUGGGCCACCACCGCGACGAAAACCGGCAGCAGCUGGGCCACUGCCACGGCAUCCUCUUCUGGGUCAUUGACUUACAGCGGCGGCUACAGCACCCUUCCAGGCACCACGGUCAUCGCCUCUAGCACCCUGGCUACCGCGACCGCCGCUACGACCGCCGCUGGGCAGAGCUCGGGAGCCGCCUCCGCGCCCGCGGCCAGCGCAUCCACAUUCGCUGGCGGCGCGGGUCAAGUCGGCUACAGCGCCGCAGGGUUGGUCAUUGCUGGUGCAGUUGCUGUGUUCGCGCUGUAG